CAGCAUGGCUUCUCCAGCUCUCCUCAUGCGUGUGGUCGCCUCUGCGUAUUCUGUUGCAGAAAAAGCUUCAACCAUUGUUAGAAAUGUAAUGGCUGCAGGAGAUCUGGGGAUAGUGGAGAAGACAGGAGCCAACGACUUGCAGACCAAAGCUGACCGGCUGGUACAAAUGAGCAUUUGUGCUUCCCUGGCACGGAAGUUUCCCAAGGUGACAAUUAUAGGAGAAGAAGAACUGUCCACUGAUGAGGUAACUGAGGAAUUAAUUGAAGAUGGCCACUGUGAAGAAAUACUGAAGAAAACUUGCCCUGCUCAGUACACAGGAAUUAAAGAGGAAGAGCUUGUAAUAUGGGUCGAUCCCUUGGAUGGAACCAAGGAGUACACUGAAGGGCUCCUUGACCAUGUAACAGUUCUUAUUGGAAUUGCUUACGGAGGCAAAGCGAUAGCAGGAGUUAUUAACCAGCCAUAUUACAACUAUGAGGCAGGAGCUGAUGCUGUGCUGGGCAGGACAAUCUGGGGAGUCCUGGGCAUAGGUGCCUUUGGAUUUCAGCUCACAGAAGCUCCUGCUGGGAAACACAUCAUCGUUACAACCCGUUCUCACAGCAGUACCCUGGUAAACGACUGCAUCAGUGCCUUGAACCCAGACAGUGUCAUCAGAGUUGGAGGGGCAGGAAAUAAGAUCAUUCAGCUUAUAGAAGGCAAGGCAUCUGCUUACGUAUUUGCCAGUCCUGGGUGCAAGAAAUGGGAUACAUGUGCACCUGAGGCUAUCCUGCAUGCUGUGGGAGGCAAGAUAACUGAUAUCCAUGGAAAUUCAUUUCAGUAUAACAAGGAAGUGAAGCACAUGAAUUCAGCUGGAGUCCUUGCCACUUUGAGAAAUUAUGACUAUUAUGCCAGCCGUAUUCCUAACUCCGUUAAACAGUCACUUGUGCCUUAAAGCAGUAAAGCGUCUUCACGUGACCUGGAAUGCUGAGAAAGUGAGCUUGCAGAAGAGAAAGAGGAUAACUGAGCCUGAAAUUGGUUUAUAGAAUCUGAACUGAAUUCUUACACUAAGGUGUUGGAUAAUUUCAAAAUUACAUAUAGAAUCCCUAGGUGCAGUUGGAGUGUUUUGCUGUGUUUAGCAGACAACAUGAGAUUGGUCACAUUUCUUCAAUAGCUGCUUUCCAUAUUUUUUGGGAGUAUUCAUUCUUCAUGAUUGUGCUUAAUAUACUGCUGAUCAUAACACUACAGUCCAAACAUCAUCAUGCAAUAUUCAGGGCACAAAAUCCUGUAAAGUCAUUUA